GCGACAACACAUGCUAUGCAACUACAUUACCCAGCAUUCACCCUGCGGGAGCGCUGCGCUGAUUGGCCACCCUCGGACGAGGGUUUACGUGGCACUGCUGUGUCCGCGCAGACGCAGUCUGGCCCCGCCGGUGUGAAGAUGGUGUCUGUCAGGAUGCAGCCGUGUGUCCUGUCGGUUCUACUCCUCAACGGCUUCUACGGCCUCGUCUCCUCCUUGUACUUCCACAUCGGAGAGACGGAGAAGAAAUGUUUCAUCGAGGAGAUCCCGGACGAGACGAUGAUUAUCGGAAACUAUCGCACGCAGCUGUACGACAAGCAGCGGGAGGAGUACCUGCCCGCCACUCAGGGCCUCGGCAUGUUCGUGGAAGUCAAAGAUCCCGAUGAUAAGGUGAUUCUAUCUCGUCAGUACGGAUCCGAGGGGAGAUUCACCUUUACAUCGCACACACCUGGAGAACAUCAGAUCUGUCUGCACUCCAACUCCUCCAAGUUCUCCCUGUUUGCCGGAGGAAUGCUGAGGGUUCACCUCGACAUCCAGGUGGGCGAACAUGCCAACAACUACGCCGAGAUCGCCGCCAAAGACAAGCUGACGGAGCUGCAGCUGAGGGUGCGACAGCUGGUGGAGCAGGUGGACCAGAUCCAGAAGGAGCAGAACUACCAGAGGUACCGCGAGGAGCGUUUCCGUCAGACCAGCGAGAGCACUAACCAGCGGGUCCUGUGGUGGUCCAUCGUCCAGACGCUCAUCCUGGUGGCCAUCGGCAUCUGGCAGAUGAGACACCUCAAGAGCUUCUUUGAGGCCAAGAAGCUGGUGUAACUGUGUGUGCGUGCGUGCGUGUUCUUGUGAGUGUGUGUGUGUGCGCGUUUGUGUGUGUUUGGUCUCUACUGAUCGAUGCAGUACUGAGCGGUGGUGGCCGCUGCUGCUGGAGAAAAAAAAACUGCCGUGGAGACGGACGCAGAAUAAUCCAGCAGCACGAUUUGGCUUGAAAACACCAUCAUCAUCAUCAUCAAGAUUAUUAUAGUAAUAAUUAUUAUUCAUGUCGUCAUUGUUGUCCUCACCUGCCCCCUGUUUGUAACGAGCCCGCCAACGCGUGCAGCCGACGAUCAGGGAACACGUGGUCGCCGUCUCGUCUCCUCGUGUCAGACAUGUUUGUUUGUGUCAGGACGUUUCCUCUGAUUUAAAUUCAUCAGGACGAAUAAUCUCAGCUCGUCUGUUGGGAAGUAAGAACCUUUUUAAAUAUCAUUAUUUUGCCCUUUUAUUUUUUUUUCCCUUCCUUGUUACUCACUGAAGUACUUGACGUGUUACUGGCCACUAGAGAUGUCGGAGAGGAAAAGUAUUUUUUCCUCGGCAGAAAUGAUCAUCUGGAUCAAUCGAUGGAGUCGUUUCUGAAUCCUCCCUCAUCCACCGGAUCUGUUGAUUUUCAGCUGCAAACUAAAGUAAAUAAAAAUCAGGUGAAAUGUCGCCGAUGAUGAUUUAAACCUCAGUGUUUAGUUGAGUUAGAUGUGAAAUACGUUUGAUUUUAAUAUUUUGUUCGCUCCAGUUUAAAUGUGCAGGAUUAAUACAGUCGGCAGCAGAUCAGAGCUGAAUCAAACCUGUUCAACGCAAACAACUUGAUUUUAAAGUGAAACAAAACAGAAAACUGUCGGUAAAAGACGCUUCUGUUCAGAGCCGUGACGAUCGAUCGAUCAUUCAUUCUGUUUAUUGACUCGUUUGAAGCGCGAACGGGAUGCGACGUCUCGCACAAAUAACAACAAACAUCCAAAGACGAAACUCUGUGCUGUUUGUUCUGAAAGGCAGAACAAAGGCACAUCCCGAGCAUCUGCCCUCGGCUCGUUUUGUCUCGUAACCGGAUCAGUUUUAUCGAGUCUCCAGGGUUUCACUGCGACGCCUUUGCCUUCGGUCGCUGGCUCCGGUUUGUCGACGUGAUCCACAGUUUCUACGUCUCAGCUGUUUGAGGAGCCUCGUUGAGAAUCUAAGAGAAUCUCACAUAAUAAAAUAAUAAAACUAAGCCGGCGGCCGUUCAUUGUGAGGAGAAUAAAUCUGUUAUUUUCAAGCCAGACGUCACAUGGUCACGAUGCAGGAAACACUGGAUCGUAGUUUUAUGUUUUUCAGCCGGACUCAGUGAAAUUCUUUGUUUCUGUUUGUUUCUGAGAGUUAAUCUUCAUGUUCUACAGUUUCCAGACUCAAUGUAUGUUUUCUGUUCAUCUGUUGUAAUAAUCUGAUUGAGUUUGGCUCCUCGAGGCUUCAGAUGAACGACAUCCACUGGUUUUUGUUUGUCAUCUUUGGUUACGUCGACUUUGUCUUCACCAGCAACGAACUCAAAUAUGGACAUGAAACGGCACCUGCUGUGGUUUCUCCUGUGUAAAGAAACAUCAGUCGUCUCUCUGUUGAUUUUUAAUGAGUAAAAAAACCAAAUUGUUAAAAGUCGCAUAGGAGUAAAAAUGUCUGGUGUGACGCUCCAUCACCAGCUCAGAUGAGCUUUACAUCAGAACGUCACUUUUUCUGAUUGUCUCCUGAGCUAAAACAUCACCUCUCAACGCUUCACUUAUUUCUCUUUAGUUAUUAAAGUUCUGUUGAGUUUUUUUUUAUCUCUGGUGGUUUGUGCUAAACUGGUUAUUGUAUUAUUUUUUUUUAUUUUUGUGGAGGUUUCAUAAAUGUUUUGUGAUGUUCCUGGGGUUAGAUUUUCAAUCGGUGGAGAAAAAGGGGAUUUGAUUUGAUUUUUUUUUUUCAGAGAUUCUGUCCGUGUGAAAUUUUUUGGGGAAAGUUGCACUCGAAUAAAGUUUUGUCAGAUUUGGUUUAA